AUGGUUUACGAUAGACGCAAUGUUUUGAAUGUGGUGAUGGUGGGUUUGCGAAUAAUGAAUCAUCAGAUUAUUGAUUCGACUUCAGAAUCAUCAGAAAGCAGUAAAGACGAGGAAUUACAAGCAUUAGAUGGUCUUAGUGAUAGAAGAACGGUGAUCACAAGACUUGAGAAUUAUGUGGAAAAAGUUUUACCUGCACUAAGUGUCCAGGAAUUUAAGUCACAUUUUAGGACUCUGGGCAAUGUCUCUGCCACUGCGCUGCCAGAUUCUGAGUCAUCUCAGCAGUUAUCCCAGCAAUCGUCCCAGCAAUCUUCUCUUUGGAAUGAUGAAAUCAUCAUUCAAGAAGAAGAUGCUAUGGAAUUAGGGAAUAGUUCUGCAUGUUCAGAUUCAGAAGCAGCAGGCCCUAGAGCAGGCCCAUCCACCAACCCUACACCACCACCAACAGCUAAAACUGUUUCUCAAAAAGCUCUGCAGGAGCAUAAAAGGCCGAUUCUCACUAGGAGCGGUGCUGCGCGGCGCGGCGCGGUGCGGCGCGGCAAAAGUCGCUUGCAAUUAUUUGCUUGCGAUAUUUGCAAGAAGAAGUGGAAAACACUUAGGGAUGCUUUUCAAAAGGCUGCAAAAAGUAUGCAAACAAAAUCCGGGCAAGCUGCAACAAUUAGCAGAAAAUGGAAAUAUUGGGAUGCGAUGAGCUUUCUUUUGCCGCAUAUUAAAGGAAGGGAGACGCAAACAAACGUUUGUAGUGACGAAACAGGUGAGAACUUCGAAGAUGGAGAUGAAAUUGAUUCUGAAAGCCAUUUUGAACAAACCGAGGAAACCGAGGAACAAACCUUCGAAAAUAAUUAUCAUGAAAACCCGACAAGUCCAUCCGUAUCGCUGCCUACUACCCAACAGUCUUGUUCUUCAAGUGCAGUGAAUGUUUCAAGACCAGUAUCUCGUGUUGCAAGCGCAAAAAGUGACGCGGUUCCAAAUAAAAAAAAUAAAAGUGCACCUAGAACAGCGGAAUCUAUGCCAGAGAUACUAAAAGAAUAUAUACAAGAAAAAAAACGCAGCCGUUUAGAAAAACAAACUUUGGCAACUGCGACACAAUCAACAGAUAGUAAAGAUAGCGCACUUCUAGAAUUUUUCACAAGCAUGGCGAAAACUACGUCCACAUUUCCCCCAUUAUGGCAGGCUAAAGUAAAAAAUAAGAUCUUUGAAAUAGUAAAUUUCCAUGAAUUGGCGCUUUUAGAAGCUUCCUCAGCCUCACCGGCUCCACCACUAGUUACAGAAAGUCUUACACAACCUCAAACACAAUCAACUGUACACACACAGCAGAUGCAUAUUCUUCCAAUGCAAAAUCAGUCACCAGUGCAAAACCAAUCAACCACCAAUUCUUUACUUUGCUACAAUAACGAGUCAUUAUUACACUCAUUACAGCCUCCUUCAGCAGCAUACUAUUCAUCAUUCGCAGCUCAAUUAUCUGCUAUUGAAAAAAGUUCUGGGCAAAAUAUUAUGAGACCAACUACAGAUGCAGGUACCGCGCCGCGCCGCUCCGCGCCGCUCGGCACCGCUCUAGUGAGAAUCGGCCUUAAGGAGAACUUGAAAACCUGGAGAGGAAGGAAGAGACCAAUAAAAGCAUUUGAAGAAACAGUGUCGAAAGCAUUCGAUCAAAUAGGUGCAUACCUUCAAGCACCUGAGGUUCCUGAUGAUGAUGAAGACAUUCUUUUCGCAAAGUCUGUUGGCAAGACUUUGCAAAUGAUAAAAAAUAGGAAGUUUAAAGCUAGAGCCAAAAUUGAAAUUUUAGAAGUUCUGGAAAAAUAUUCUGAUGAAUGA